AUGCCAUAUGCGGAUGAUAAUGCCAUUUUAAUAACGGAACCGCACCAAGUACCUUGUGAUACUCUGUUAGUAGAUGGCUGGCGUAAAGCUAUGUUAGCUACGCACAACACUCUAAAGAUUUAUAAGUAUGGCUCGAACGAUGAAGUUGGUGCGGGAAUAUAUACGUACUAUCCAGAGUUAGGCAUAAGGCAGGCUUUUAAGCUGCCGAACUACCGCAGUAUAUUUCAAGCUGAGGUUUUUGGUAUUGCGAAAGCCGCGGAAUUGGGCUCUAAUAACCUAAACGCAAUUCCAGAGUCAACGCAGACUAUGAAACGAUCUUGUUUUCGUAAGAGCGAUCCGAUCGUGUUAGAGAUCUAUUCUGAAUCCUUCACCGAAGUCGAUGAUGACGGCAAUGAAAUCGAAGUUAAACGUUUCUACAUUGAAGGUCGUCAGCUGAACGGUGGUCGCCGGCAAUGUUAUGAGACACGUAGACGCAAACGCUCUUACGUUUACGGACAAGAAGAUGACAAGUCCAAUGAUGAGAUUCUAACAGCUACCUCAACGUCGCCAAGCGGUAUUGAUACCGCCGUCUCCAUAGAUGAGGAGGAUGACAUGGAAGAAGAUAAGCCAGUUGGUGUGUACGGAAUACGCCAAGGUAGUGCUGACAAUGGGGAACAGAAUAUGGCUGAUGAUGGAGCUGAUGAGAACGAGAAUGAGGAUGGACAAGAAGCCACAGUCAAUUUGCCUGUCGUGGCGCAGAUCACACAUCAAAGUAGCGUACAGUCCAAACCAGCUGCUGUGGACAGUAACCAGAAUGGCAUAGUAAUUGUACAAAGCAAUAUGCCGCCCAAAGUAGAUCCACAAACACACGCGGUUUUUGAACUAUUGCCGGUGGGAAAUGAAGAACACGGUGAUGACGGGCUCGAUCAUGCGCUUGAUGGCGAUGACUAUGGUGAUGAUUCGCUUCUAUUAUAUCAAGAAGAAAUUAGUCCAGUGACCACUACAGGUAUUUGGUCGACUGGUGAAGACGUACCUCUGCCAUAUGGUCAGACUGAGUUGGAGACUGACCCUGAAGAUUAUGCUGAUAUAGAUGAGGAACAGAAUGGCACAGCUAAACCUAAACCAUCGAAAAAACCCUCGAAAAGGCCUACAAAAAAACCAUCCAAAAAGCCAUCGCGCAAACCUUCUAGAAGACCUGUCAAGAAGCGUCCUAACAACAAACGUCCUAACAACAAACGUCCAAAUACAUCGAGCGGCAAACGUCGUCGUCCAAGCAAAAGGAACAAGAAUUCGUCCAAAAGACGUGGCACGACCAACAAUAAGAGACGUCGCCAACGCCCCAAUUACGAGAAUGACGAUUUCGAUGGUUUGCGUCUAACAGCAAAUCGCCUUAAGAAUCAGAAAUUAGACAAUUUAAAGUAUAAACGUAAACAGUUGAAUAAGGAGAAUGAAGCCAACCAAGGGAUAGACACUUUUACCAAGACCGAGACGCUUACGCAGACCGGCACAGGCGACGAUGAGAAGAAUGUUAACUGUAUUAUUAUCAACAAAACCACGACACCGCGCCCAUUCUGGGGCCUGUUCGGUCGUAGCGCUGAUGGUGACGAGGCUGAGGCAACCACCGCCAAACCCUACGGCAGAAGGAAGCGCAUUAACUUCAGUCUGCCGGCAUAAGUUUAUUUGAGAGAUUCAGGAUUUAGUGAAAUAGAAUUAAUUUUAAUUUAAUAUUUAUUUAUUUAAUAUUUAUAAA